GAAAUUCAAGUUCCAUUACGCAAGCGCUUCCAUUGUGUCACAACAAGUCUCCGUCUGAAGUAUUCUGGGAUUCAAGAUGGCCUUUGCCCAGGCUGACAGGGCGAUUGGAGCAAUCAUUGGUUCAGCUGUUGCCGAUGCUGCAGCACAACCACUCCACUGGGUCUAUGACAUGCAGAAGCUGAGUGUGUUACUCUCUGAAACUCCUCAGCCAGAGUUUCGUCCGGAUUCUGCCAACCCAUUCUACAGGAGGAACACUGGACAGCAGAGCUGCUAUGGAGAUCAAGCAUUUGUGCUUCUGGAGUCCCUGUCUGAGUAUGGAGGUUUGAAUGUGGAAGAUUUGAAGAAGCGUACCUACAAGUUCUUUGGACCUGGAUCUGAGUAUGACACACCAGUCAAUGAUCCUUACCGAGACAAAGGAGCUCCCAGGCCUCAACUACCCAUUGAGGGACCCUGGAGACAGGCAAGCCUUAAGAGCUUUAUUAAAAAUGUGGAUGCUGGCAAUGCAGAGACAGGUUGUGAAACUGAUAAUCAAAUUGAUGGCAUUUCAAAGCUGGCUCCCAUUGUAGCAUGUUAUGGUGGAAAGCCAGAGAUGUUGGAGAGAGUUGAGGAAGCCAUCCGUGUCACUCAGAACAACGACAUGUGUGUGGCAGUAACUCUUGCUGCUGCUAGGUUCUUGGAGCAUUUCAUCCUGAAUGGACCUGAUCCUGAAGCACUGGAUGCAGUGCUGAAACAGCUCAGUGACCCGAAUAGAAAAAACCCUCAGGAGCUGGACCAAGCUGUAGUUUGGCACAUUCAUCAAGUAAAGGAGAAUCUGAGCAAGAAACCCAAAGAGCUCAUUCCUACUGUGUUCCCAAACACCUGAGGUUUGCCCGGUGCAUUCCAGGCAGCUUUGCAUGGGGUUCUGACAUCCAGUGGCUAUGAGCAGGCUAUCCGGGACACCAUGAGCUGUGGGGGAUGCACCUGUAGCAGGAGCUCCUUCAUUGGGGCCUGCAUUGGUGCUCAGAUUGGACUUGAAGAAAUCCCAAGUUCAUGGAAAAGCAAGACUCUGCGGUACAACACUUUGCUAGAUCUUGCAAAGAAAGUUGCCUGUCUCCAGCAUGCCUAAACUUUUCAACACAAACAAGUGGACAAAUAUAAAAUCAUACGUUUUCUUGAUUUUUGUUUCAUCUUCCAUGGCUGUUGUGAUUUGAUAAGACAAUUCAUGAAAGUUUUAACUCGAAACAAUGUAAGGUUAGAACUUGAUGUCUUUUGAUCUGUUAAAUCACAGCAUGGCAUGCUGAAAAUAACAUCCAAUGUGGCAUUACACAACUGUUAAAAUGAGAACACUGUUUGUUUGCUCUACUACUCAAUAGAUAGAGUACCUGUUCUGGAUGUUGGCGUCAUCUAGUGGAAAUUAGGAAAACUGCUGUCAUUACGCUAAACAUGCUUUAUAGGAAACACGAAUGCAUACAAUACAUUUAACCAUUUUCAGAAAUGUAAACAGCCAGUUGCAUCUCAUGAAAUUUCAGUGUGAAAACAAUGAAUCCUGUUCUGAUUUGUCCUUAUUUGUGGCAUUAUCUCUUUAAUAUAUAUGAAAAAUAAAACAUAAUUGA